UUUCUUCCGCUCACAAUUUCAAACGCGUGUUCUUUAAAUAUUAUCGUAAUUAUAACGAUUCCAAGAGCAAAUAUCGUUAUGUUGUAGAUAGAAUAACUUGAUUAUGUUGUUUAUGACUUAAUCGUAUGCAAAGUAUAAGUGUUAUUUAAAGUUCAAAUUAUUUGUUAUUUGAAAGAGUUAACAAAAAUGGAAAAGCAUUUGAAAAUAAUUUAUUUAACCUUAAUAUGAAAUAAAGUUACACUCUCUAUUUCUAAAGUAAAAAUAAUAAAGUGGUUGGAACUCAUUAUUUCAGAUUGUUAUUUUUUAUGUUUGUUCCAAAUAAAAUUUGCCCAAUACUAUCUAUAAUCCUAUUUCUAAAUCGUAACUUACAGGAAUAGGUAUAUUUUAUUCAUGUGAAUUAAAAGUAACAGUUGUAAUGAGAAUGAAAACAAAAAUAAUUAAAGAAUUAGGAUAAAAUUUAAGGAUAAUUAUAAAAAUUAAGGCAGUCACGUUUAAAGCACGAUAUUUUUACUUCGUCGAUCCUAUAAUUAAUUAUUUAUUUACAUUAAGUACGUGUACUUGCAAUUACAAUUACGCGUACGCUAUACUUGUAAGUAUCUACCGAUUAUUUUUUUUAUCGUUAAAUUAUUUAACGAUCAAGGAAAUAUAUAAUUUUCCAGUUACUUAUUCUCAGUACUAUAGGUAAAUUAUAAAUUUAUGUUAUUACAGUUUAUUCAAUUCGCAUUUGAUCUUGUUCAACGGGUGACCUGCAGCUCUUCUCCUCUCCGCCCCUUGUUUUGUCCGAUGCCCUUGUCAUGACGAUUUCCUAAGCCAGACGAUUACUCAUCAUCCCCCGACUAGUGGUACAACAGAACGACUACACUGACGAGGUUAUUUUAAUCAACGAAACCACGUCCUCCCCUUACCGCCACCGUCCCCAACCCCUUACAACAAGGGUGCACAUGAAACCAUAGUGCUACCAGGGAGAUCAACAGGACGGGCCAGACAACCGGAUGUUAUCAUUUCUACAACAUUUCCAUUGUAUUCCGCAUUUCAUCCCCCAGAACUUUUUCUUUCUUUCUUUCCUUCCUUCUUUCUUCCUUUCUUUCUUGUAUAUCCUUUUUUAUUCGCUCUUACUUUUCCUGUUAUGUUAAACAAUUCUAUUCUACUAAAUAUUAAUAUAUCUAUCUCGAAAUUUGUUCAAAAAAUUUUUUACGAUUUUAGAGGCUUUAAGAUUUAUCUUCGAUCGAUACUUACUACAUAUGUACAUGUUUAUCUAUAAUAGUCGCUUAUUCUUUACAUAACGCGUAUAUAUUUAAAAAGUAAUAAUAUAUCAAGUUAAAAAAAUACUAAAAUUGAGAAAAUUACCUUAAUAAAUUUGUCUCAGAAUUUGAAAAUGUUCAAAUAGUUAAUUUUCGAAUUAUGUAAUCCAAAUAGGAUAUUUCUUUGCGGUCGAUUUUAAAUAGAUAAUGUCGAUAGUAAUCGUUAUGUCGCGUGAGAUGGUUCGUACCUACGGUCCACAGUCCACGUACCGUCAUUCCAAGCCUCGAUAAACCUAAGGACCCACCAUAAACUUUUUAACUUAAUUGUUUUAAUACAUGGUACUUAAGUUAAUCUGUUUAUUCUGAAGGAUUUACUAAUCCUAGAAGUGUUUUCGGUUUAUGGCUGGUUCUUAGCAAAGUCCUUAGGUUUAUUAGGCGCUCUUAAAUAUUACAGAGGAAGCAGUUACCUGACGGAAAAAGUAAAUAUUUAUCUCACUCACUAGCAACGUUGGUAGGAGAUUUCCUCCUUCUAUCAUCAUUCAUUAACAUUGACGAUAGCCAAUGGGCAUCGCAGAUUGUUACCCUCACUUUACUAACGGAAAGUGUGAGCAACGAAUCCGAUUUCUUAGUUUAAAAGGCAUUGCCACACCGAGCUUUCCUCCGUAACAACACGAGAACGGGCUUCACUUCUUCUAUUACAUCAGGGAGUUAACUUCUUCUUCUACGACAUCAAGGGGGUCAAUUCAACUUCUUCUUCUACUACAUUACUACAUUCAACUGUAAGGAACUUGUUGUACUACGACGGAACAUUCAGUGCAUCUCUAUCAGGUCUUCAUCCGCCUUCGUUUACGACAUUUAUAUCACACGUAACAAGGUAACUUUAUCUUGUAAUAAGUCGUUGUAAAUAUAAAUAUUAUAACACGUUAAUCGCAGUGUUAUACCACAUCAAUCACCCCUAUUAUCCCAAAAGAACUAAGGGGGUCGAUCUGUUCGUGGUGUCCAUUAUUGUAAUCGUAACGGGAUUUUACGACUUCCGUUGACGCGCUACCUCGCGAUCGCGUCUACCCGUGACUGGUCGAAAAUAUAAUAUUAUAAUUAACCACCCGAUUUGUCGAAAAUAGGGGAACAAGGCAAAAUUGCGUUCAUACAGAUAUUAAAUGUAAACAUAUAUAUUACUGUAGAUGAUUGAUCUUAUCAGAUAUCACGAAAUACAGACUAACUGUUUGUGAGCAAUCUAUUAAAGAUAUAUAUUGUCUAUAAACUCGAUUCGUCACAAGUCCAGGUAUGAUAACUCCUACGAAAUAAAUACGCGCUAUCUCAAGAAACUCUGUAUAUACGUCUGAUGCGUCUAUAUGCUUAUGCUGCGAUCGCUGAACUUCUCUAGCUCGUCAUUUCGUUUGUUUAUUUAUACUGGUCGGGGGACAGUCGGAAAGUUUGAACUCGACUGCGUUUGACGGUUGAAAGUAGCGGCGACAUUGUUUUGCUCGGAGUUCAUUACUCCUUGCAAUACCUGUGACCUAACGGUCAUGAUACUCCGAAACAAAACAACAACAGGAUUUGAAUUGUCCUGCUCGCGUGCCGCUACAUUACAAUAACUAGUCUAUAAUUAUAACUAUUUUUAUUAUUAUACGCUCUCAUCGACGCAAACGUCCAUGAUUCAUACUAGCUUGUCAUUUCUAUGAGGUAAAAGAAAUAUGCGAGGUACGAAUCCUGUCGAGGCUCACCAAACUUUGUCAACAAAAUCACAAAACUUUUCAUAAUUCGUCGCUCUCCAGCUAUGUAAACUCCCGUCCCGUUUUCUAGUAUAAUAUGAAUCACCGCCGACACCAGUGCCAGCAUCGGCACCAAUGUCAGUGCCAGUGCCAGAGCCAGUGCCAGUGCCAGUGCCAGAGCCAGAGCCAGUGCCAGUGCCAGUGUCAGUGCCAGUGCCAGAGCCAGUGCCAGUGCCAGUGCCAGUGCCAGUGCCAGUGCCAGUGCCAGUGCCAGUGCCAGUGCAAGAGCCAGAGCCAGUGCCAGUGCCAGUGCCAGAGUCAGAGCCAGUGCCAGUGCCAGUGCCAGUGCCAGUGCCAAUGCCAGCACAAGCAUCACCAUCAGCCCCACCACCUGCGCCAGCGCCUGCGCCAGCGAAUGAGCCGGCACCUGCGCCAGCACCUGCGCCGGCACCUGCGAGAGAACCUGCGCCAGCGCCUGCGCCAGACCCUGAGCCAGAACCUGCGCCAGAGCCUGUGCCAGAACCAGCACCAGCACCAGUAUCAGCAUCAGCACCAGCACCAGUAUCAGCAUCAGAACCAGCACCAGUAUCACACCAGCAGCCUCAGCACCAGCAGCCUCAGCACCAGCAGCCUCAGCACCAGCAGCCUCAGCGGCAGUACCAGCCUCAGCAGCUGUACCAGCCUCAGCAGCUGUACCAGCCUCAGCAGCAGUACCAGCCUCAGCAGCAGUACCAGCCUCAGCAGCAGUACCAGCCUCAGCAGCAGUACCAGCCUCAGCAGCAGUGCGAGCCUCAGCAGCAGUACCAGCCUCAGCAGCAGUACCAGCCUCAGCAGCAGUACCAGCCUCAGCAGCAGUACCAGCCUCAGCAGCAGUACCAGCCUCAGCAGCAGUACCAGCCUCAGCAGCAGUACCAGCCUCAGCAGCAGUACCAGCCUCAGCAGCAGUACCAGCCUCAGCAGCAGUACCAGCCUCAGCAGCAGCAUCAGCCUCAGCAGCAGCACCGGCCUCAGCAGCAGCACCAGCCUCAGCAGCAGUACCGGCCUCAGCAGCAGCACCAGCCUCAGCAGCAGCACCAGCCUCAGAGGAAUCAACAGCACGAGGACGACGACGAGGACGAGGACGAGCACGAGCAAGUGUACCAGCUCCUGCGCCAGCACCUGCGCCAGCGCCUGCGCCAGCGCCUGCGCCGGUACAUGCGCCAGAUCGUGCGCCAGCGCCUGCGCCACCAACUGCGCCUGCGCCUGCGCCUGCGCCGGGGCCAAGACCAGUCCAUCAGCGCACCAGCUCCAACAUCACCAGCUCCAACAUCACCAGCACCAGCACUACCAGCACCAGCACUACCAGCACCAGCACUACCAGCACCAACACCGUCACCACCAGCACCACCAGCACCACCAGCACCACCAGCACCAGCAGAAGCACCAGCACCAGCACUACCAGCAUCAGCACUACCAGCACCAACACCAUCACCACCAGCACCACUAGCACCAGCAGGAGCAGCAGGAGCAGCAGCGCCAGCACCAGCACCAACACUACCAGCAUCAGCACUACCAGCACCAACACCAUCACCACCAGCACCACCAGCACCAACACCAUCACCACCAGCACCACCAGCACCAGCAGGAGCAGCAGGAGCAGCAGCGCCAGUGCCAGCACCAGCGCCAGCACCAGCACCAGCACCAGCACCAGCACCAGCACCAGCACCAGCACCAGCACCAGCACCAGCACCAGCACCAGCACCAGCACCAGCACCAGCACCAGCACCAGCACCAGCACCAGCACCAGCACCAGCACCAGCACCAGCACCAGCACCAGCACCAGCACCAGCACCAGCACCAGCACCAGCACCAGCACCAGCACCAGCACCAGCACCAGCACCAGCACCAGCACCAGCACCAGCACCAGCACCAGCACCAGCACCAGCACCAGCACCAGCACCAGCACCAGCACCAGCACCAGCGCAUCAGCACCCCCUUAAUUAACUCCACUUCGAAUGGCGUCGUCGUCGCCGGUGUCGCUACUACCAUCAGCACCACCCUCUGUGAACGCAAGAUGAAAGUAGUAGAGGGAGUAACAGCACUGGUACUCUAUUCAUUUAUACAUUAACG